UAAAAUGGUGCGGUGUUUUACGGAGGAGCACAGCAGCGUGUGCUUCGUGAAAACGCACAAGUGCGCGAGCUCGUCGGUGCAGAACAUGCUGAUGCGGUACGGCGAGAGCCAUGGCCUGCGCUUCGUGCUUCCAAAGACCAAGAACUACCUGGGUCACCCACGCCUCUUCAACCGUUCGAUGGCGCCAGGCAGGCCACCGUUCGACAUGCUGGUACACCACGCGAGAUUCCACGAGGCGGAGAUGCGCGCCGUGCUAAGACGGCGGCCGCACUUUGUCACCAUCGUACGUGAACCGGCCACGCUGUUUGAGUCUCUGUACUCCUACUAUGGCCUAAAGAGAAAAACCAACAUGAGCCUCGGGCAAUUUGCUACCGCUGCCUUAGUGGACCGGUCAGUGAUGGGCCUGCUGGCGCGAACCCGCACUCGGAGCAAGCUAGGCUUCAACCAGAUGAGCUUCGACCUGGGAUUGGAGCCGGCGCAGUUCGGCAAUACUUCCGCGGUUCGUCGCUUCAUUAAGGAGCUUGACGCAACGUUUGACCUGGUCAUGGUGGCCGAGCGCAUGAACGAGUCCCUGGUGCUGCUCAAGGACCUGUUCUGCUGGGAUACAGACGACGUUGUCGUCUUCAAGCUGAACGCCCGGCAG